AUGGAUGAUAUAACACAUGGUACAUUUUGGGAAUCUAUUUUUAGCUUAGAACAUUCAACGUUUCCAAAUACAGAGCCAGUUGUUUUUGAUAUAACAAAAUUUGGUGCAGCACCUGAUGGAAAAGCAGAUGCAAGUCAGGCUAUAGCGGAUGCUUGGAAAGAGGCUUGUGCAGCAGCAGGAUCUAGCAAAAUAUUGAUUCCAGCAGGGACAUUCUUGGCAGGUAUAGUGAAUGUUACAGGUCCUUGCAAAGGGGCAAUAGAGGUAGAAGUUCAAGGAACCGUGCAAGCCCCACCAGAGCUUACAGGGGAUGGCUUAGUUCGUGACAUAACGUCUCUUAAUAGCAAGUACUUUCACGUCAAUGUAUUGGGAUGUGACGACUUCACAUUUGAAGGCUUCAAAGUCAGUACACCUGAAAAUAGCCUUAAUACAGAUGGAAUUCAUAUUGGGCGAUCAAAGGGAGUGACUAUAUCUAAUGCCAAAAUAGGCACGGGUGAUGAUUGUAUCUCUAUUGAUUAUGGAACCGAAAAUCUAAAAAUCACAAAAGUGGCAUGUGGACCUGGUCAUGGCAUCAGCAUAGGGAGCUUGGGGAAGUAUGAGAAUGAAGAUCCUGUUUCCGGAAUUACCGUUUCCGAUUGCACCCUCACCGGUACAACUAAUGGUGUUAGAAUUAAAACUUGGCCUGCACUAUUUCCUAAUACUGCAACUAAUAUUCAUUUCCAAGAUAUUACUAUGGAAAAUGUCUCCAAUCCUAUUAUUGUAGAUCAAAUGUAUUGUCCAUGGAAUAAAUGCAAUAAAAAGGAACCAUCUAAAGUGAAGAUUAGUGAUGUUAGCUUCAAAAAUAUAAAGGGAACUUCUGCAACUUCUCUUACCGUUCAACUUAUAUGUAGCAGUGGAAUUCCAUGUGAAAAAGUGGAACUUGCAAACAUUGACUUGACAUAUAGUGGUCCUGAAGGCCCAGCAAAAUAUGAAUGCAUUGAUGUUAAGCCAACAAUUGUAGGGAAGAUUCCAGAGGGAUGCAAAUAG